UAGACAAGUUAAAGUAGAUAAACGACGCGUACUUGACUUGGUGCGACUGAAUAUAUUUAAGUUAGACACUUAUAAACCAAUGUUAUUUUCUUAAAAGUCAAAAUGAUAAAUAGUUAUGACAGAUUAGUUAAAUCGUAAAGCCUAAACCGUAAACUUCAUCAAUUACCAUUUAAUUUUAUGGAGGUUACCAUCUAACGUAGCGCAAAUAUAAACUUUUCAAUAGUAUUUCGGGCUAUCUCCAACUGCGAAAUGGAUGUCGUGGAAAACUCUGUGUGUUCUACUGUAGAAGAUAACGAAAAGAUUAAAAACACUAAUACAGAUAGAGAAGAGAUCGUCCAAACUUCGGGAGGAUCUAAUGUGUGUCAGAAAACGAACGGCGUCGCUGAGACCGACGAGUCCGCUGUAGAUUGUUCAGUUCCUGCAGAGGUUUUAGAAAUCGCUGUGAUUAACCCAGACAUUGAAGUUCAAUGUGAAAAUAAUCAAGAUGAAGUCAUUCCAGAUCCUGGCAAUUCAGAAUCAGUCGUCAAUGACACAAGUGCUUCAGACAUAAUACCAUGCGAAUGUGAUCCUGCACCAGUAGUAGCUGCUGCUAUUCCUACAGAUACAGAUUCCAAUGAAAACAAUGUUGAAAAGUCACUUUCUGAAGUACUGGAUCAAGAAGUAGAGAGCACAGUUGAACUGGAGAGUGUGGUAGAUAUAGGCUCUGACAGGGUCGCUUUUGAGACUGAGAUCCUAGUUGAAGAAAAUGUAAAUGAUUCAAAUGAAUCUAAGAUUGAUGAAAUUGUUAAAUUAAGACAGGGAACACCUGACCUUUUGAAUGAAUUAGAUCAAAAUAUUGAAUUUAGUGAAGCAUUACGCUCAACUGACAUUACUGGAAAUGGAGUCAAUAAUAAUACUACACCUGUAGAAGAAGUAUAUAAUAAAAAAGAGUUAUUGGAUAUUUUGAAGGGUAAUGAUGCUGAAGAAUGUAAACCUGUCAUCACUCGUAUCAGUGUAGAUAAAUUGACUGAAACAGAAAAAGCCCUUCAACAACUGUCACGUCUUAAGAAACAAAAAAAAACUAAAAGUAAUGUGAAAGUAUCAAUCAGGUGCAAGAGUGAACGCAAAGAAAUAGUUGCUAAAAAAGAACCAGAGGUAAAAAAAGAAUACAGUAUAGUCAAAGCCCUUGUUAAAGAUUGGGAUGAUGAAGAACCACCCGAAGGUGAACAGUUAAAUCAAAUAAUAAAAGAGAAUCAAAGUUUAGAUGUGGAGCCCCAAGAUAUUGUAGUCAUUGAGGAAGAGGAAACCAAACAAAACCAAACUGUGUUACGAACAUCAGUUGAUUCUGCUGAAGAGACUACAAAUCUUAAUCCCAGCAAGAGUGGUGAUGAAAAUUCUGCACAACCUCAACGUAGACUAAGCAGAAUCAUUAAGAAAAAAGUUAUUUUUGAUCCUGACAAUCCCGACACAUUUACAAAAGUUAAAUCAUUAUCUAAAAACAAAGAAUUGUCAGCUGAUAAAGAUCAAAUUGUUGUUAAAAAACCGAAAAUGGAUAUAGUAUACUCUAGACCAAAGUCUAAAUCUCCAGUUUCUAAAAUGCAAUGGAAAAAGCCAUCUUCUAAAAAUAGCAAACAAUGUAAGAGGCUGUCAGAAGUUGAUAAAUUAUUAAUGGAUGAAGGUGCAGUUAACAUGAUUUAUCAACUGACUCCUGAAGCACCUAAAGGCAAAAAAAACAUGAAAACAAAAGCAGAAUUCAUUAAGAAAAUACAGAGUACUACUCCUGACUCUAAGGAAAUGAAGUUUAGAGAAAGAAAAAAAGAAUUGAAAGGAGAAGUAGGUGAAGCCAAGAAGAUAUUAGGUGGCAAAUAUAGGAGUUCAAUCGGCAGUUCAGUCAAAUCUCCUUCAAUGAAUGAAGAUUUUGAAGCACACAGUGCUGACGAUUCCAUUAUUUAUCGCCGACACUCAUCUAGCUCUUACUCAAGUUCGUGUAUGAGCCCUCGGAGACUUAGUGACGUUGAGGGAAGUGUUAUACAAGUUACAACAAGCCAUUCAAUGCUGCAACACACUGAAACUGAGAUGCAACCAAAUAAUGAUGCAGAAAGCAAAAACUCUGUCUCUGAACCAUUCUUAGAAGAUCAAAAUGUCAUUCCAAAACAAAUAAAUAAAGAUGAUUGUUUGUCAAUUAAAGAAAAACUAAAUACCAAAUUGUCCCUUGCUUUGAAUAAGAGAAAAAGAGAAAUUGUUAAAACGGAGAAACCGAGUAAACAAAGAAAAACUAUAAAAAGUCAAGAGAAAGUCAUAAACAGGGAAAUAGUCCAUAGCUUUAAGUAUGUCUCUGUUCAAAUUGAUCAGAGAUUUGGUGAAAUAUGUAUCCUUGAUUCCGGGACCAAUUUUAAUAUAGAGGUAAUAAAAGAAAUAGAGAAAGCUUUAUUGUUUUUAGAUUCCAGAGAAGAUAUAUCUGUAACAUUGUUAUUGUCCACUAGUGGACAGAUGUGCCUAAAUUUAGAUUUAAACCUUCUAUUAACUAAGAGUCUUGAUGACAGAACUAAUGAUGCUCAUGAAAUUGCUGAAACUAUCAGAUCCUUACUGUGUACAAUUCUGAACCACACAAAAUUGUUGUGCACAGCUGUAGAGAGGGGAUGCACUGGCCUUGGAUUCACAUUAGUGGCGUUAAGUGACAUCACUUUUGCCUCUGAAUUUGCUACUUUUGCACUAAGUACUCUGACUUCUGAGAAAAAUGCAGAAUAUAGUUUGACACCUGGUAUCGCUAUACUUAGUUAUUUAUUACCACAACCAUUGCUCAACAAUAUUGUACUAUUUGGGAGACAACUGUCUGCAACAGCAGCUGUGCAGAGUGGUCUUAUUAGUCAUUGCCUCUGGCCUGCAAGCUUUAUAGAACAGCUACGAGUUGUCAUAAAAGAUAUAGCUGCUCAACCUGCCCAAGACGUUUUACUAAAAAAGCAACUUUUAACCCUGAAGAAGACCGAAUCAAUGGAUUCAAUUAAGUCCAGCCUUGAAAAAGAAAAAGAUAUGUUUGUUAAAUACUGGACCACCGUUGAGAGAAAUGACGAAUCCCAUUAAAUCCACAUUGUAUUUGAAUCAUAACAGUUACAUUUUUUUAAAUUAUUAUCAUAUCAUAAAAUCUGGUAACAAAAAAAAACGACAAUAAAUUAGAAAUCAUAUAAUGACAACACAUACACAAUAGAUUACGUAGAUCUUGAUCUCGUAUUUCAUUUAUUUUUGCAAAUUAUGUGUUUUAUUCUAUGAAGAACAGAACUUUUUUUCGUAAUACGUUUGAUGAAAUGUUCAUGUCAUUAAAUUAAAUCUAAGUCUUUGAAGUUUGCAUAAUGCACGUACAUAUAUGGUCACUAUUGUGAAGUGUUCCUGGUGUGAGUAACUGCGUCGUUAUAAUCGAAUUUCAUAUAGAACGCUAUCGACUAGUGUUUAUUAAAAUUAAUUUUGUGGUUUACAUACGGAUAAAAUAAAAUAAAAUAAAAUGUUAACUAAUUUGACUGACUGACUUCAAAAUUACAGGCGAACAUUGUGUUGCCUUUUGUUAUACUAUUUUUAUUGCGUAGAUAUUACUUAAAUGUCUUUAAUAAUAACUAUAAUAUCGAUGUGUUUUCAUAUUGUGAAACUGGUUUCGAUUGAUGUUAGGCGUAGUUAGUUCUCGACUAUGUAAUGUUAUAGAUGAAAUUGUUUAUGUAUUUGUUUUAUAUUAAAUGAGUUUAUGUUUAGUUGUAAUUCUAAUUCUGUACUCAUAGCCAAAGUAUUGGGGUAAUGGCCACAUGUUAAAAGUAUGAUAAAAAUGACAAGGUCGCAGGUUUCUGAAAGAAUAUUAAAUGGUGGUUUAUUAGCAAUUAAAAUCAAUUACGAAACACGUUCAUUCCCAUUGUGUUAACUUUUAUCUCUUUCAAAGAACCUUAUUAAUAAUUACGCUAAGAAAAUAGAUUUAUUUAGCCCUAAAAACAUUAAUGUUUUAAGUUAACUGUAAGUCGAGGAAUAAACAAUUCCCAUUCUGUUUGAAAUAAAGUGCCUUUGAGAAUAAACUCCUCACUCUGGUUUUAGUGUAUAAGACCCAUAUUAUUUAAAAGUAGGAAUACGUUUCUUUAAUACAUUCGACUCUAACAAGUGUAAUAAAGUUUCAGGAAAACCAAAGUAGAGCAUAUUUAUAUAUUUUUGUUGUAAACGUUCUGUACUCUCUUCUCAUCUACUCUCUUAUACUUUUCUGAUAUUGGAAAAAAUGUAUUGGGAUUAAAUAAACGUUCUCCAAUGUAUUUCCCUUUGUGAUAUAUUUUCAUUGGUAUUUGGUAUGCAAAAUGGCCUAAUCUACGUUGGAUAAUUAUCGUUAACGUCAGCCGUUAUUAUAUGACAGUAAAUAGACGAAUAAAAAUAGAUCCAUUUAAUGAUUACGAUGCGAUUUUGCGCAUAGCGCACUCAAUAUAUUUUCGUUUAUGGUCUUAGAUUAUUAGUUAUUUUCUGUGACAUUGGAGAGAGUAGGGUCACAAUUCACCCUUGAUGCGGUACAAAAUCAUUGCCUUAAACGAGAAUACAUAGAUGGAAGAAAUAAUUAUAUUGGAAACUGAGUAACAUUUUGUCAACUCUGCUAACACAAGUACACUGUAUUACUACUAUUAUUAUUACACAUUAUUACUAUACACUAUUUUUAUCUCGACGAAAAUAUAUCUCUGUUUAGCCAUAAAUCAAAGAUGAAUAUAUUGUUAGUAUAUGUAUACAAAACUUAAAUUUUAAUGGAUACGAAAAUAAUUCAUCAUAUCUCACAAUGUGAAUAUGUAGGUAUAUAAUAAAGAAUAUAUUG